CACAUUGGCUACAUCAUUAGAUAAACAAUUCAGUGACACGUGAUGCAAAAUAUAUAUAUAAAAACCUAGGCCGGACAAGCCUUUACAUCAGCUGUUCCACUCCAGUCCUGAAGGUGGCAGUAAUGGUCUCUAAAAAGCAACGAGUUUUUACUCGCAACAGCGCCGUCUGCUGGACCUAGUGAGUCACUGCCUUACCAUAUAGGGAAAGCAUACUCUUAUUUUUAAAGUCAGCAGAUUCCUUAUUAUGACUUUAUAUGAUCUUUUAUUUAUUUAAUAUGCAUUGAGUGUGAACCAAUCGGAUUUCAUUCUCGUUGCCCCACCCACUUCCUGAUACCUCAGCGAAUCAUGAAGCAGUAUUUAACAAGCAAAAUGAAAGUGAAAGUGAGAGAAAAUCGACAAAGGACAGCCCGUGGGUAAGGUCGGGUCCCGAACCAUGGUUCCAUCGUGUUAGAGGCAAUGACGUUAAGCACUCGACCAAAGACUCGUGUCCAUGGCAAUGAUAGAAUGGCGACCAACGCUCACCUCAAGACUGAUUUAUCAUAACUAAUUUGCAUAAAAGCUGGUAAAAUUACUGAGAAAUGAUGUCAAUGAACUGAAGGGGUCACCACAGGAGCUACCGGUCGGCCAAGGUCCACGGCACGGGAGCGUCACGAACCCCCUCGCCUAAAUUGAUCCCACAAUGCAUCGUUCUGAUAUGGAUAACAAGCAACAUGAGAACAUGUCGCUGCAGAGAAACUGACGUGACAUGUUGUAACCGUGGCGAAUUUACUUGCAGCUAGCUGGACACGCGUAGACAGCCACGUCAUGUUGAGCGGCGUUGGGACAGGCCUCCUUCCCCAACAUCUGCCCGUCUUCCGGCUGGGAUUCGUCUGCUUCAUCAAGGCUCUUCGCUGGAGGACAACUUCUCGUUUGGUGUCCACCUCCACCGGCCUCACGAUGGAGCAUGAGCCUCCUUCCAAACGCAAAAGGAGCGCUGAGAAGAAGAUUCUAAAAGAUGAGAGGACAAUCAAAGGAUUAGACGCCGGGAGGGAAUCCUGCUUGAGGGACACAAGUCCACCUGGGACGGAUUUAGAUUUUAACAGCACACACGUGACGAGGACUUUUAAGGACCAGAGCGAGAGCAAAGACGGAGGCUGCGUGCCGCAUCCACACCGCGGGUCGGAGGAGGAGUCACCCGGAGCUUCCUCGGAGGAAGCGGUCGCGGGGAGCCCUCCGCCCGAAAUUGAGGCGGUUGUCCGUCAUGCGCAAGGUUGGAAGUCGCUGCUGCCCAGACGCUGGGAGGCGUCGCCAGUCGGCGCCGCGCCCAGGUCGCCGCACGUGGGCGGCAGAAGGUUGGACUUCUCGGUGAUGUCGUACAACAUCCUAUCGCAGGAGCUGUUGCGGGCCAACGGCUACUUGUACUCAGGUUGCCCGCCCGCCGCCCUGAGCUGGCGGCACCGGCUUCACAACCUGCUGGCCGAGCUGCACCACUACGACGCUGACGUGCUGUGUCUUCAGGAAGUUCAGGAGGACCACUUUGAAAAUCAAAUCAGGCCCGCGCUACAUGCACAAGGUUACGAGUGCGUGUACAAGAAGCGUACGGGCAAGAACCCGGACGGUUGCGCCGUGGCCUUCAAGACUUCUCGCUUUUCCCUGCUCUCGUCCAAUCCCGUCGAGUACUUCCGGCCGGGCGAUGCCCUCUUGAACCGCGACAACGUGGGCUUGGUCCUCCUCCUGCGGCCGUCCGGCGCCGCCGCUGACGACUUUGUGUGUGUGGCCAACACGCACCUGCUGUACAACCCGCGGCGGGGCGACGUCAAGCUGGCUCAGCUGGCCAUCCUUCUGGCCGAGAUCGGCCGCUCGGCCCGCCUCUCGGACGGCGCCGCCCACCCGGUGCUUCUGUGCGGGGACUUCAACUCCACGCCGUGGAGUCCGCUUUUCGCCUUCCUCACCAACGGACGGCUCGACUACCGCCACCUUCCCGUCGGCACGGUGUCGGGUCAGGAGAACACUUCUCGGGGCCAGCGCCUGUUGGAGUGUCCCAUCUGGUCACCCGCUUUGGGCAUCAACCAGCGGUGCCAAUACGAGAGCGCCUCGGCCGCAUCCUCCUCAUCCGCCGCCGCUGAACAAGAAAGCUCCCAGCUGACGGCGAAAGAAGUCGCGCAACGAGCGGUCGCCGACAAGUCUCGUAAAAGGUGGCGUCUGGAGCACGGCGUGCCGUUGCGCUCGUGCUACCCACCUUACCUGGCGCCGGACGGGCGCGGCGCCGUCACCACCUGCCACUCGCGCUGCGCCAUGAUGGUGGACUACAUCCUGUACACGCCGUGCGAGUCGCUUCCCGGCGGGCGGGGCCUUCAGCUGCUGGGCAGGCUGUCACUGGUAGGCCAGCCCGAGUUGGACCGAGUGGACAGGCUGCCCAACGCGCGGCACUCGUCGGACCACUUGCCGCUGCUGGCUCGCUUCCGCUGGAUGGUGGGCGAGCGCUCGUGACGGCCACGUCCUGGACAUUUCGAUGAGCAGCCUUGAAGCAAGGCUUACAUUUGGAACAUUUUCCUGAUUUUUUUUUCAAUUUUGCUGUUUCUUUCAUGAAGCUCGCUCUUUGUCAUACUUGUCUUUGUUUAAGACGUUUAUAUUUAUUUUAACAUGUUCUUCCAUGUUUAAGGUUCUUACUGUAAUUUUGGGUGAUGUUAUAGCUGGUUGCCAUGUUUUUAUUUUUUUAUUGUUUUAUUUGCUAAUGUACUUAUAAGUAACAAUAGGCAUUGAUACAUAAAGACAUGGACAUUGGAAAAAAAGAACACAAAUAAAACAUUUCAACCAGAUA